GCGGGGCGGCGGCGGGGCGGAUCACUUCGGGAAGAUGGCGCUGUGUGUGCUGCGGAACGCCGUACGCGGAGCGGCGGCGCUGCCCAGGCUGAAGGCAUCUCUUGUGGCCAGUAUCUGCAGACCUGGGUAUAGCUCCUUGUCCAAUCACAAGUAUAUUCCUCGGCGGGCAGUGCUGUAUGUGCCUGGGAAUGACGAAAAGAAAAUAAGGAAAGUUCCAUCCCUGAAAGUGGAUUGUGCGGUGCUGGACUGCGAGGAUGGUGUGGCUGAAAACAAAAAGGAUGAAGCUCGAUUAAGAAUAGUAAGAACUCUUGAAGACUUUGACCUGGGCCCAACAGAGAAGUGUGUGAGAAUCAACUCGGUGUCUAGUGGUCUGGCUGAAGCUGACCUAGAGACAAUUCUGCAGGCCCGAGUUCUUCCCUCUAGUAUGAUGCUCCCAAAGGUGGAAGGUCCUGAGGAAAUCCAGUGGUUUUCAGACAAAUUUUCAUUCCACUUAAAAGGCCGAAAACUUGAACAACCAAUGAAUUUAAUCCCCUUUGUGGAAACUGCAAUGGGUUUGCUCAAUUUUAAGGCAGUGUGUGAAGAGGCACUGAAGACUGGGCCUCAAGUGGGUCUUCUCCUGGAUGCGGUCGUUUUUGGAGGAGAAGAUUUUAGAGCCAGCAUAGGCGCGACAAGCAGUAAGGAUGCCCAGGACAUCCUCUAUGCCCGACAGAAGAUUGUCGUCACAGCCAAGGCCUUUGGCCUACAAGCCAUAGAUCUUGUAUACAUUGAUUUCCGGGAUGAAGAUGGACUUCUCAAACAGUCAAGAGAAGCCGCCGCCAUGGGCUUCACUGGUAAACAGGUGAUCCACCCUAACCAGAUCGCUGUGGUACAGGAGCAAUUUACUCCGACCCUGGAAAAAAUUCAGUGGGCUGAAGAACUGAUCACCGCCUUCAAAGAGCACCAGCAGCUGGGAAAGAGGGGUGGGGGAAAGUUGCAUUUAUACAUCGAACCCAGAGAUAAUCUCUCACCUUAGCCCAUGCCUUCCCGAAGGAAUGGAGUUGUCGUGCCGUCUAUGCAGAAUUACUUAGGGAAGAAAGACUGCCGAAAGCUUAUUAAAGUCCUCAGUGUUAAAUACUCACGCUUGUGAAAAUGAACAAAUCAAUAAAAAGACAGCAGAGAAGAGCUGGUUUUCAAUGGUGGACCUGUGACAGUCACGUGAGAAAUGUCCUUCGCACGUUCCCUGUUACAAAGGACACCUGAAAAUCUCAAGACUUGUACAAGUGGGUAACAAUACUAAGUGGGUCGUUGCUAUCAUUGUCGGCCUUCCACCAUGAACAGGCAUAAAGCCACCUUCCCCCAGCACACACGCACACAGACUGACGUUUGUACAGAUUCACACUUAAUACACAAAGCCAGAAGAUCUACAGGGGAACACAGGACCUUACAUUUGGACGUGAAACCAAUUUUAUGAUAAAUAGCAUUGUUUUUUCAUAUCAUGUCAGUGGUGGCCAUCAAAAAUAUUGUGCACUUCACAAAAAAUAAUUUUAAGUUGGCAUUGUAUUUUAUUUCUGCUUAUAUGUCUCAACCCAAAAUGAAGCUUGCCUGUAAAUAAACAUAUUUACAUAGAAAGAAAACCUGUGCACUCUUUCAUUGACACACACAAACGAUUCCAUCUCC